GCGCAACGAGGCACCAGGAAGAGAAGUGAUCGACAUUCUAUAGGAGAAGUUCAGACCAAUAUGAAAUUGAACAUUGCAUACCCAGCCAACGGGUCCCAAAAGACCUACGACAUUGAUGAUGACCACCGUUUGCGUGUCUUUUACGAGAAGAGAAUUGGACAAGAAGUUGAAGGUGACUCUGUUGGAGAUGAGUUCAAAGGUUACGUCUUCAAGAUCAGCGGUGGUAACGACAAGCAAGGUUUCCCAAUGAAGCAAGGUGUCUUGUUGCCAAACCGUGUCAAGUUGUUGCUCGCUAAGGGCCACUCCUGUUACAGACCAAGAAGAAACGGUGAGAGAAAGAGAAAGUCCGUCAGAGGUGCCAUUGUCGGUCAAGAUCUCGCUGUCUUGUCCCUUGUCAUUGUCAAGCAAGGUGAUGCUGAGCUUGAGGGUUUGACUGACACCCAAGUUCCAAAGAGAUUGGGUCCAAAGAGAGCUAACAACAUUAGAAAGUUCUUCGGUUUGACCAAGGAGGAUGAUGUUAGACAAUACGUCAUCAGAAGAGAGGUUGUCAAGGGUGAGAAGAAGUACACCAAGGCUCCAAAGAUCCAAAGAUUGGUUACUCCACAAACUCUGCAAAGAAAGAGACACUUGAAGGCUUUGAAGGUCAGAAACGCCCAAGCCCAAAGAGACGCUGCUGCUGAGUACGCCCACUUGUUGGCUCAACGUUUGCACGAACGUAAAGCUGAGAGGGCCGAGGUUAGAAAGAGAAGAGCCUCUUCUUUGAAGGCUUAAGAUGUUUAUUGUCUUCGGCGUGUAAUGAGAAUUUAUUAAUGAGUUGAAGCAGUGGAGAAAGAAGCAGUGGAGAAAGAAACCGUGUCGUGAUGGUGAGCCUGUUGUAUAUUAAUGUUGGCUUCUGUCUCACUCCUGUCUCCCUCUUUCCGUGCUUCUAUCUUUGGGUAUGGUUUUAUAUGUUCAGUUGCGGCUCUACAGAGAGACUGGGCCGCUAUUGUCUAUUGUAGCAUUAGUUUUGUU